CAAGAGCACCAGAGACAUUUUGAUUUUUAUACUGGAUUUUUGCAAUCUAAGAGGUGAGAACAGUGAAGGAUAGUUGAGCUUUAUUUGUACCUAAGUUGUCACUUGCUCCAGCCAACCAUCCAGAAACCUUCCAGCCGCUUCCAUCUUUCUUUGUGCCCCUUUCUGCCUGCCCUGAGCCACAUGGGCAGCACUUGUCCCCUUGAGAACAUGGGGUUUGAAGAACUUUCCUGGCAGUGCAGAACAGGGAAGCAGAGCGACAGGCAGUGGCCUGGCCCCAGCCCACUGCCCGUGCUGCAGGGCAGGGUCCCUGUGCCAGCUGCCCUCAGCCCCUCGUCUGCCCCGGCACAGGGACGCUGCCAGCGCCAUGGCCCGGCCCGGCAGCACCCCAACCACGCGCAGCAGCCGCUGCUGUGUCCCAGCUCAGCUGCCUCAGCAAACUCACACUUCUCUCUUCUUCCUCCGGGGCUCUCUCCCAGCUCCACUCACCGUCACUGGACCCCCCGGCCCCAUCACCGUGGCCAAGGGCGAGGACGUGGUGCUGCCCUGCAGCUUCUCCCCAGGGCAGAAUGCACAGGACAUGGAGGUGACCUGGUUUCGGGAGCAGUUCUCGCCCUUUGUGCAUCGCUACAAGUUGGGCCAGGACCAGUACGGGGAGCAGAUGCUUCAGUACCAAGGGCGCACUGGGCUGCGGAAGGACGGCUUUGCCAAGGGCAGCGCGGACUUGAAAAUCUUCCAUGUCCGACUCUCUGACACAGGGAGUUACACCUGCUUUGUUAAACAUGGCUCAGAUUAUGACGAGGCUGUGGUGGAGCUCAAGGUGACAGCCAGCGGCUCUGCCCCGCUCAUGGCGCUGGAGCGCUACGAGCACGGGGGGAUCCGGGUGUCCUGUCGCUCUGCCGGCUGGUACCCACGGCCCCGGGUGCUGUGGCACGAUCCCCACGGGCGGCAUCUCCCGUCCCUCUCAGAAAACGCUACCCAGGACAAGAAUGGGCUCUUUGCAGCUGAGAGCAGCUGGGCACAGCACCCCCAGGCCUCUGGCAGGACACGUGCUCAGCAUGUCAAGGCCAUUUCCAUCCCCCCUGUGCAAACAGCCAAGGCUUUCGGCAGCGUUGGUGCAGGAGUGCUGCCAAAACCCACCGGUCCCGUCUGCAGGUGCCGAUCGGGGGGGAAAGGUACAACCCUCCUUGUGGCAGAGUUUAUACAGACACCUGGCUGAAAUAAGCACAUUCCUA